UUCCCUGACUCGGGCCUCGAAAAUCUGGAGAACAGUAGCGGCCGCUCUCAAAGGGUCGUGUGAGACUCCAGCGGCCUCGGAGCGCGUAGGAGCGAGCCUGGCUCCCAGCGAGGUCCUGGGGCGCUACGUGAGUUCAGACGCCCUCAGGGUGGACUUAGUGGAAGAGCGGCUGCAGGGGGACUUCGCUUCCAUCAAUCACCUGCUGCCGGACGACAAAGUGACGGCUCUCCACCACUCGGUGUACGUGAGGGAGGAAUGUGCCUCGGGUCACGUGGUUGCCUUGAAGUGCAUGGCCUGCGGUCUGAGAAUGGGCUACAGCUCGCGCAUCGUGGGUGGAAACGUGUCCUCGCUCGCGCAGUGGCCGUGGCAGGCCAGCCUCCAGUUCCAAGGCUACCACUUGUGUGGGGGCUCUGUCAUCACGCCCGUGUGGGUGGUCACCGCUGCCCACUGCGUCCACGACCUGUACAUCCCCAAGUCGUGGACCAUCCAGGUGGGCCUGGUUUCCCUGCUCGACAGUCCGGCCCCUUCCCACCUGGUGGAAAAGAUCAUCUACCAUAGCAAGUACAAGCCCAAGAGGCUGGGCAAUGACAUUGCCCUCAUGAAGCUGGCCGGGCCGCUCACCUUCAACGAGAUGAUCCAGCCAGUGUGUCUGCCCAACUCCGAGGAACAGUUCCCUGAUGGAAAAAUGUGCUGGACGUCAGGAUGGGGGGCCACAGAGGAUGGAGGCGAUGCGUCCCCGGUCCUCAACCACGCAGCCGUGCCUUUACUCUCCAACAAGAUCUGCAACCACAGAGAUGUGUACGGAGGCAUCGUCUCCCCCUCCAUGCUCUGCGCCGGCUACCUGAAGGGCGGUGUGGACAGCUGCCAGGGAGACAGCGGGGGACCGCUGGUGUGUCAGGAGAGGAGGGUGUGGAAGUUGGUGGGAGCGACAAGCUUUGGCAUCGGCUGUGCCGACGUGAACAAGCCCGGCGUCUACACGCGCAUCACCUCCUUCCUGGACUGGAUCCACGAGCAGUUGGAGAGGGACCUGAAAACCUGAAGAGAGGGGAACGGGCCGCCACCUUGAGUUCCCGCCUUGAUGGAGACACCCCGUCCUUCCGCGGGUCCCCGGGUGGAAACUCGCGGCCUGAGCCAGCGCCUUGGGUACUCUUCCUUCUGGAGCCACCGCAGAGCCCCCAGAAGGAGCAUCUUUCUGCCCCGGCACCUCCAGAACAGCUCCUAGCCCCUCUUCGAGCCACUGGGGUGUCGGGCUAAAAUGGCCCUGAAGCUCCUUUGUGACGUGCCCUUCACUGAGCUCAGAAGCAGGAACGCCUUCGUGGUGCUACCUUGCCCCCCUCGUCCAUUUGGUUUUCUCUGCCCUGGGGCAUUCACCAUGACUGACGAGACAGGCAGAUCUCACCACAGGCCACGCCAGUGCCCAGUGGGGACAUGCCAGCCCGGAGCCACAAGGGGGUGUCGUGAUAAAUGUCCCUGUCUGCACGUUUUUUAUCCCUAGGCGCCGGAACCAAAUCAGGUCUUUCUACUUCCAAGAUCCCUUUUUGCCUGUGAGAACUUAACCCACAAGUGAUUCGUUGUUAGGUUUCUUUCUAGUCUCUCUUUGUAGUAUUUGGUGCUUGGUGUAGUAUUUGUCCUUUACCUCCAAGGGACGUGUGCUCUCUUAACGCACCCGUCAAUCAGAGCUCGUCUGAAUGAAUACCGACCACUCGUGUCAAUUGGAAUCAUAAUUUUAACUGGGGAGCCUGGAUCACUUUGAUCUCCUCUAGAUACGUUGUGGGUUUUGCAUUCUUCCGGUGGAACAGGUUUCCCGGCAGAUGAGCGUUCUAUCCAGAGACUCGGAAGCAGAGGGUGACGAGAGGUCACUGGAAUAAGACAGGACCACCUAACCCCGCGUAGGGGGUGCCGAAGGCACAGCGGGCGGUCGGGCGUCAUCAAGAGGCCGAAGGCUUCCCUGCGUCUCUGCCUGGUUACCCACACACCUUCUGUCACCCCCAGGCACACACAUCACAGGAAGGGGUACUUGUAGGCAAUUUCUGUCUGGAGGUACUUCAUCACAGAUGAAGGCGUCAGACGUGAAUCUAUUGCUUUGCCUUGAGGCAUCGGUGGGAAAGAUGGUGAGUUUCAGAGAGCAGGCAGGUGCCUGGGGAGGCAGAGGCCGCGGGGAGCCUCCCGGCACGUCCGAGACCCCGGGGGUGGGGGUGGGGGCUGCACAGGGAGAGAGGGAGAGCCCCGGCAGACUGGCCGCUUAGCAAUCCCAUCUGUGCCCCACCAGCCCUGCCUCACUACACAGAUCUCCACGUGUCAGAAAGGGACAAGAGCGUUUUUAUUUUAAGGGGUUUUGCCCAGGCCUCUCUGAAGGUUGAGGUACAGUAGCUCCUGCGUGGGGCGUCCGAGUUGUGAAGACAGGAGGGAUGCUGUAUGUGACCUCAGCUGGGAGCCCUUGACCGUGGGGCCGGCGCAUUUGAAUGGCUAGACAUUGUGACUCCAUCCUUCCUUAAUUACUAUCGAAUAGUGUUGGGAAAUAUUUGCUGGCUCACAAUCUUUCAGAAGGUCUUGA